AUGUUGCAAAGAAAGCAAAGGAGUGUUGUGGGAAUUUUAGGAGAAAAACAGUGAAUGAGAAACAGAUGCACAGUGAAGCAUUGGUUGAAGCUGCAGCACGGCGGCUCACUCAGCAUCCUUCAUCCCCCCUCCAUCCCUCUCUCUCUGCUCUACCUAUCUCACUCUCUGUCGUCUGCUGACUGAGGUAUUCCUGCAAGCACAGACCGCUUGGAUUUACUGUACGGAAGGAUUCCCGUCCUCAGUGCCGCUUCGGUGCAUCCCUCUGGAUGAUAACUCUGCAUCCCUGAAGCUGCAGAUUUGCUGCUCCCACUGAGAUCAUGGAGCGGACGGGAGUGUGGGGAAUAAUCCGGCAAACAACCGGCUCACCAGCAAACUCUCCUGACUGAUGCCGGCUUGGACGUGGAGCCAUGGGGUGCACGACCAGCGCGGUGGUGUUUGACGGGCUGCGCUCUGUCUUAGAGAGGAACUGUAGUGGCUACAUCUGCAAGGAAGCAGCAGAGUCCGCUGGGCCGUCUGAGGCUGAGCGUGCGCUGAGUCGGAGAGAGUCGCGUGCACUGCCAGCACAGAGAAUACUGAAGGUAAAACCAAAGGUGAUUGAACCGCUGGACUAUGAAAAUGUGCUGGUGCAGAGGAAGACGCAGAUUCUCAGCGAUGUCCUCAGAGACAUGCUGCAGUUCCCCCUUGAGGACUUUGAGAUUUCAACUAUCAGGCGCCAGGGGAGAACCUUGUACCCAACAGUGCCUGAAAAUGCUGAGGAGGAAGCACAGAGUCUGUUUGUCCAAGAGUGCAUUAAAACCUACAAGUCUAACUGGCAUGUCGUCAACUACAAAUAUGAGGAUUAUUCUGGAGAUUUCCGCCAACUUCCUAGCAAAGUAUCCCGGCCGGAUAAACUGGCUGUCCAUGUGUUUGAAGUGGAUGAGGAUGUCGAUAAAGAUGAGGAUUCAGCCUCUUUAGGAUCUCAGAAAGGAGGGAUUUCCAAACACGGCUGGCUGUACAAGGGGAACGUGAACAGUGCCAUCAGCGUGACCAUGAGGUCGUUCAAGAGGAGGUAUUUCCACCUAACCCAACUGGGAGACGGCUCUUAUAAUUUAAACUUCUACAAGGACGAGAAGAUCUCCAAAGAACCCAAAGGCACCAUUUUCCUGGACUCCUGCAUGGGAGUAGUUUAUAACAACAAGGUUCGGAGGUUUGCGUUCGAGCUGAAGAUGCAGGACAAGAGCACCUACCUGCUGGCUGCAGACGGCGAAGCCGAGAUGGAGGACUGGAUGAACGUACUCAACAAAAUCCUGCACACCAGCUUUGAAAUCGCCAUGCAGGACAAAAGAAAUGGAGACGUCCAUGAUGAUGAUGAUCUCGGAAAAUCUGACAGUUCCUCUGGCAGCAUGGACAGCUUUCAGAGCACAAGAGAUAUUGAAUCGAGGAUGAGGAACGAGACCAGACUGAAGCUGUUCACUCUGGAUCCAGACACGCAGAAACUUGACUUCUCUGGCAUCGAGCCGGACGUAAAGCAGUUUGAGGAGAAGUUCGGAAAGCGCGUGCUGGUGAACUGCAACGACCUCUCCUUUAACCUGCAGAGCUGCGUGGCCGAGAACGAGGAGGGGCCUACGACAAACGUGGAGCCAUUCUACAUCACCUUGUCAUUAUUUGACAUCCAGAAUGGCAGGAAAAUCUCCUCUGACUUCCAUGUGGAUCUAAACCACCCGUCGGUUCGCGGCAUGUUGCCCAAUAACGCCAGUCAGUACAUGAACGGGGGCGGUAACGCCCACCCCCAGGGGCAACGCUCAAUCCAUGGGGUGUCAGAAGCAGCCUUACAGUUUCCUAGACAGGGCAUCUUCUCGGUAACAUGUCCCCACCCAGACAUCUUCCUCGUGGCCCGCAUAGAGAAGGUGCUUCAGGGAGGAAUCAACCACUGUGCAGAACCGUACAUGAAGAGCUCAGACUCCACAAAGGUGGCACAGAAGGUGUUGAAAAAUGCCAAGCUGGCGUGUAGUCGACUUGGUCAGUACAUGAUGCCGUUUGCCUGGGCAGCAAGGCCUUUGUUCAAAGAUGCUUCAGGAACCCUUGACAAAAGCGCUCGCUUCUCCGCUCUGUACAGGCAGGACAGCAACAAGCUGUCCAACGAUGACAUGCUCAAACUACUGGCUGACUUUAGAAAACCCGAGAAGAUGGCCAAGCUGCCAGUAAUCCUCGGAAAUCUUGAUGUUACCAUUGACAAUGUAGCCCCAGACUUGACAAAUUGCGUUACGUCCUCCUACAUUCCUGUGAAGCAGUUUGAUGUCAGAGAGAAGAGCAACAUCUUCUUUGAAGUGGAGGAGUUUGUGCCGUGCAUUGCCAAAUGUUCUCAGCCUUUUACCAUUUACAACAAUCACCUCUAUGUCUACCCCAAGCACUUGAAAUAUGACGGCCAAAAGUCAUUUGCAAAGGCUCGAAACAUAGCCGUCUGCAUCGAGUUCAGGGACUCGGACGAUGAAGAUGCUGCAUCACUUAAGUGCAUCUAUGGGAGACCUGGAGGACCCGUGUUCACCAAAACUGCCUACACCUCAGUAUUACAUCACCAGCACAACCCAGACUUCUACGACGAAUUUAAGAUGGAGUUGCCCACCCAGCUCCACGAGAAACAUCACCUGCUCUUCACUUUCUAUCAUGUGAGCUGUGACAGCAACAGCAAAGCCAGCACCAAAAAAAGAGACCUGAUUGAGACGCAAGUGGGGUACGCCUGGCUCCCCCUGCUGAAGGACGGCAGGAUCAUCAUGAAUGAGAGUCAUGUACCUGUAGCUUCCAACCUGCCUGCUGGGUACCUGGGCGGUCAGGAGGGAACCACCAAGCAUUUGAGUCCCGAGGUCAAAUGGGUCGAUGGAGGCAAGCCUUUAUUUAAGGUCUCCACUCACCUGGUGUCCACCAUCUACACUCAGGAUCAACAUUUGCACAACUUCUUUUAUCACUGUCAGAAUAUUGCUUCAGGAGCCCAGGUGUUGGGAGGAGAGCUGGUCAAGUAUCUCAAGAGUCUGCACGCCAUGGAGAGUCAUGUGAUGAUCAAGUUUCUGCCAACCAUCCUCAAUCAGCUGUUCAGGGUCCUGACCAGCGCCACCCAGGAGGACGUAGCCGUAAAUGUCACCAGAGUCAUGAUCCAUGUUGUAGCCCAGUGCCACGAAGAAGGUUUGGAGCACUACCUUCGCUCUUACGUGAAGUUUGUCUUCAAGACUGAGCCGCACUCGUCGUCUACAACCCGAACGGUUCACGAAGAGCUGGCUAAAGCCAUGACGGCAAUCCUGAAGCCCUCCACAGACUUCCUGACGAGCAAUAAGCUUCUCAAGUACUCCUGGUAUUUCUUCGAAGCUUUAGUCAAGUCCAUGGCUCAGUAUUUGAUUGAAAGCUGCAAAGUUAAGCUGUCCAGGAAUCAGCGCUUCUCAGCAUCCUUCCAUCACACCGUGGAGACUCUGGUCAACAUGAUGAUGCCACACAUCACUCAGAAGUACAAGGAUAACCUGGAUGCUGCCCGCAACGCCAAUCACAGCCUGGCAGUCUUCAUCAAGCGCUGCUUUAACCUGAUGGACCGAGGCUUCGUGUUCAAGCAGAUCAACAACUACGUCAACUGCUUCAUGCCUGCAGACCCAAAGACGCUGUUUGAGUUCAAGUUUGAGUUUCUACGAGUCGUGUGCAACCACGAGCACUUUGUGCCCUUAAACCUGCCCAUCCCCUUUGGAAAGGGGAGGAUACUGAGAUUUCAGGCUUUAUUAUCUUCGUAUGAUUCAGUGGAGUCGUAUGAUACUCCAUUAGACCUCCACAUGGAUUAUUCGCUGACGGACGACUUCUGUAAGAACCACUUCCUGGUCGGGCUGCUGCUCAGAGAGGUCAGCGCAGCGCUGCAGGAGUUCAGGGAGAUUCGUCAGAUAGCCAUCCAAGUGCUGAAGAACCUCAUGAUCAAACACACGUUUGACGACAGAUACUCCUCCAAGAGUCAGCAGGCGAGGCUGUCCACGCUGUACUUUCCCUUGUUUGGGCUCCUUCAGGAGAACGUCAACAGGCUGAAUGUGAAAGAAGUUUCUCCUUUCCCUGUCAACCAAUCCAACAAUAAUGGAAGGGAGGAGACUCUCCUCAGCAACACUUUGAUGACACCUCCCAGGUCCAGCACCUUCAUGGACACAAGCUUGCACAAAGAUGUUUUUGGACAUGCAGCAUCUACGCCCAACAUUAACUCUGUGCGUAGCGCUGACUCGCGAGUCUCACUCAUCAGCACUGAUUCUGUGAACUUCCUGCCGGAGAGGAGCAGCGAUAAAGGGGUUUCUCUGGACAAGAGCCAGCCUGCUUCAAGUACUCUGCUUCGAUGUGACAAACUGGAGCAGACCGAGAUCAAAAGUCUCCUCAUGUGUUUCCUGCAUGUGCUGAAGAGCAUGUCUGAAGAUGCUCUGUUCACAUACUGGAACAAGGCUUCAUCUGCAGAGCUGAUGGACUUCUUCACGUUAAUCGAGGUGUGCCUCCAUCAGUUUAAGUAUAUGGGGAAGAGAUAUAUCGCAAGGAACCAGGAUGGGGCAGGAACGGUAGCGCAUGAGCGGAAGUCUCAGACUCUGCCUGUGUCCCGUAACAGGGCGGGAAUGAUGCAUGCCCGCUUACAGCAGCUCAGCAGCCUGGAUAACUCAUACACUUUUAACAACACCUACAGCCACUCAGACGCAGAUGUGUUAAACCAGUCAUUGCUGGAGGCCAACAUUGCCACUGAAGUGUGUUUGACAGUCCUGGACACGCUCAACAUCUUCAUCAUGGGCUUCAAGACGCAGCUUUGCUCUGACCACGGCCACAGUCCUCUCAUGAAGAAGGUCUUUGAGGUUCACCUCUGCUUCCUGCGCAUCAAUCAGUCUGAAACUGCCCUGAAGCAGGUCUUCACAACGCUGCGCACGUUCAUCUACAAGUUCCCAUGCACCUUCUUUGAAGGACGUGCAGACAUGUGCGCAGCAUUCUGCUACGAGAUCCUGAAAUGCUGCAACUCCAAACUCGGCUCCAUUCGCAGCGAUGCAGCUCAUCUGCUGUAUUUCCUCAUGAAGAGUAACUUUGACUACACGGGACGAAAAUCCUUUGUCAGGACUCACUUACAGGUGGUGAUCGCUGUGAGUCAGCUGAUCGCAGAUGUGAUCGGAAUCGGAAGUACGCGCUUCCAACAGUCUUUAUCAAUCAUCAACAACUGUGCCAACAGCGACAAAACUAUAAAAAACACAGCUUUCCCAUCAGAUGUCAAAGACCUGACCAAGCGCAUCAGAACAGUUUUGAUGGCAACGGCUCAGAUGAAGGAGCACGAAAGAGACCCGGAGAUGCUGGUGGACCUGCAGUACAGUCUGGCCAAGUCUUACGCCAGCACCCCCGAGCUGCGUAAGACGUGGCUGGACAGCAUGGCCCGAAUCCACGUGAAGAAUGGAGAUCUGUCAGAGGCAGCCAUGUGCUAUGUGCACGUUGCAGCACUUGUGGCAGAAUAUCUUAGGAGAAAAGGAACAUUCAAGCAGGGCUGCUCUGCAUUCAGAGUCGUGACCCCGAACAUCGACGAAGAAGCAGCGAUGAUGGAGGAUGUAGGAAUGCAGGACGUCCAUUUCAAUGAGGAUGUCCUCAUGGAGCUUCUGGAGGAGUGUGCAGAUGGACUGUGGAAAGCAGAGCGCUACGAGCUCAUCUCUGACAUCUACAAGCUCAUUAUACCCAUUUAUGAGAAGCGCAGAGACUUUGAGAAACUGGCUCGUCUCUAUGACACACUGCAUCGUGCGUACAGCAAGGUGACAGAGGUCAUGCACACAGGAAAACGAUUGCUGGGCACAUACUUCAGGGUGGCAUUUUUUGGCCAGGGCUUCUUUGAGGAUGAAGAUGGUAAGGAGUACAUUUACAAGGAGCCGAAAUUCACUCCUCUGUCUGAGAUCUCCCAGAGGCUCCUGAAGCUUUACUCUGAGAAGUUUGGACAGGAGAACGUCAAGAUGAUUCAGGACUCUGGGCGGAUCAACCCUAAAGAUCUGGACUCCAAGUACGCAUACAUCCAAGUGACCCACGUGACUCCGUACCUGGAGGAGAAGGAACUGGUGGACAGGAAAACCGACUUUGAAAAGAGCCACAACAUCCGUCGAUUCGUGUUUGAGAUGCCUUUCACAAUAUCCGGCAAAAAGCAAGGCGGCGUGGAGGAGCAGUGCAAACGCAGGACCAUACUGACCACCACACACUGCUUUCCCUACGUGAAGAAGCGCAUAGCAGUAAUGUACCAACACCACACAGAUCUGAGCCCCAUCGAGGUGGCCAUCGACGAGAUGAGCAGGAAAGUGGCGGAGAUUAGGCAGCUGUGCUCCUCCAGCGAGGUGGACAUGAUCCGUCUGCAGCUCAAGCUGCAGGGCAGCAUCAGCGUCCAGGUGAACGCCGGCCCGCUUGCAUACGCCAGAGCUUUUCUGGACGAUUCAAGUGCCAAGAAGUAUCCGGAUAACAAGGUCAAACAGCUCAAAGAGGUCUUCAGGGACUUUGUGGAGGCGUGUGGUCAUGGCUUAGGGGUGAACGAGCGACUGAUCAAAGAGGAUCAGCAGGAGUACCACGACGAGAUGAAAGCCAACUACCGAGAUUUGGUCAGAGAGUUGUCCAUCAUCAUGCGUGAGCAAAUCAGUCCAGUGGAAGACAGCAUGAAGAGCGUCCUUCCAGACUCGCUCCACAUCUUUAACGCCAUCAGCGGCACACCGACCAGCGCCACCAUCCAGGGCAUCCCCAGCUCCUCCUCCGUGGUGUGAUCCCGAUCCGCUUCAGAGGCUUUUUGGUGAUGCCAUAAAUUUGUUUCUCAACUGAAACCGAAAACUCAACAAGCCUGUGGACUCCAGCGACAAUGGGACGCUGUGCUUUGUUGGGGGCGUUUUAUCCUGAAGAUGGAAACAAGACGGACAUUUCAUGCAAGAAAACCAAAUGUUUUCACCUGUUUCUACCAAAACAAAGAGCAGUGUUUUUAACAGACAUUUUUGUGGGAUUUUUUUUAGCUUGCAUGUCACAAAAUCUGCAUCCUUUCAAUGCCCAUUUUAGUUUUUUUUUAAUAACAAUUUGCAUUGUGUUUUUUAUGUACAGCAUUCUACUUUUAUAAGCCACUGUAUUGUUCUCUCAAAGAACCAUUUAUGCUGUUUUCAUUUAUGUAAAUGAAGUUAUAUUUCCUCAAAAAUCUUUUUUUUUCUCCCAUAACUUGCGCAUAUAUCACUUUAAUGUCUUAGAAGGGGGGAUUUUUUUUUAUAUAUAUAUUUAAAGCCACUGCAUACAAAAUAAACUGAAAUUCAUUUGUUUAUUCAUUUAUAUAAAAAGGACUUUGUGCAAUAUUUGCAAAUGAUCUUGUGUGGGGAUUAUACACUGUAAGAGCGUUGCCAAAGAGAUGAGGUGUGGGACAAAAAAAAAGAGAUAACAUUUUGUGUUAUUAGAAAUGAAACUGUCUUAUAUUUGAGCAACAUUUCUUUGUUUAUUAUAAAUAUAUUUAACACAAAAAGUCACUAUUCUGCUGUAAACUGAUGCUCCCUAAUCUUUUAAAUAAAAACACUCGUCUCUCUGCACUUGA